ACUGGCGCCAGUUGGAGGGAGAGAGGCCCUCUUACUUCUUGAGUAGCGCCUCGUGUAUUUCGCCGGAUUUUUUUUUUUUUUUUUUUUUUUAAUUUUUCCACCGCGCUCCUUUAGCGGCUUCCCGGGCUCGGCGCCCGUAGGCGUUCGCAGCCGGGGUCCGCGAGCCGGCGGGCCCUCGCGCGCCAGGGCGUCGCACGGCGCCGGCUGGGGUCCUCCAGGGUGUGGCGUCGCAGCCGGUGGGCCGUUGGGAGUGCGCGCGCGCGCCGGGGCCCGACCGCCAUGUACUACAAGUUCAACGGCUUCACGCAGAGGCUGGCCGGGGCAGCGGCGUCCGCCGCCUACAACCCCCAGGGACUCAAACCAAUAGUUUCCACUGAAUCCCCAGCUCUGAUUUUUGGGACAACUACUAAACUUGCUUCAGAUUUACCAGCUACUGAGUCUUUCUUGGGUAAAAACAAGGUGCCAGACCUACAGAAACUUUUUCAGAAAGCAGAUGGACUGCCAGUACACCUGAAACGAGGAGUUCCAGAUAAGCUGCUUUAUCGGACCACUAUGGCUCUAACAAUAGGCGGGACUAUCUACUGCCUAGUAGCACUGUACAUGGCCUCACAACCACGAAACCAAAAGUAAAUGAACCAUGAAUCACAGGACUUGUGACGCUUCUCUGAAGGACCUCCUGCAUGUAUCUGCACUUGCUUUAAAUCUGUGAUCAUAGGGUUCAUUAUUCAGAUCAGAUUUCUUGGACAAAAUGUUUUUAAAUUGGUUGCCUUUUAUGUUCUAGAAAUCAAUAUAAACAGACUUACAGACAUCAUUUUAACAUGUUGUAGCUUUGCAUUUGUUGUCUUGCAGGAGUGUUUGAACAGUUGGGGAAAGUUAAGCUUUCCUUCUCUCCGUCAAUGUUAGAGAUAGGACAAAACAAAUACUUUGUGGGCUAUGCUGCACAUUCAUUAGUGGGAGGACGCUGCUUGUUUUCAAAAACGGUAAAAGCAAAUAAUUUAAUUAUUAUAACACACUAGGAACCUGUUUGUCAUACACAGCUCAUUUUAUAUAAGCAGGUAGCAGUGGAACUUUUCCAAAUGCUGGUAUAUUAUUAAAUAUUUGUGUCUCUGGUGGUAGGACAAAGGGCUUAUCUCCUUGGAGCAUUUGAAGUGGAUUUGUUCCAUAAUGUUAGCAUUAUGUAUGUAUGCGCGCAUCAGAGUGCACCAAUAUUCUAGCAUCAGUUAUACCAGUUUUUGGACUUUCAUUUGUCAAACUGUUUUACUGUGCAAUAAUAAAAGAGGCAAGUCUUGAAAGUUUCAGACUACUUCAGCUGGCCUGGUAGUGAAAUAAACAUACUGGCACACUUCUGUUUAAGUUCCACUUGUAGAUCUCAAACCAGACAAUUUAUUCAGCUACCUUACUGUAAUCUUUGUGAGAAGGUAAUCCUCUUAAAACCCUCUCUCAGGACUCAUUGGGUGUUUAACUAUACUUUUUGUUGGAACAGGUCACUUUCAUGGCUCAGCUGCAUAUUGUUUUCAGUGCAUGUACAUAUCUGUGUACACACAUACACAUGUAUUUCCUUUGCUGUGUGGGUAGAAGAGAGAGAAGCCAAUAAAACCCUUUACUCAUUGUC